GCAUGAUAAAGUGCAAAGCCGUACAGUACAGAGAUGGCCAAAACUAUUUCAAGAGUAAUGUAGAGGUGGAUAUGUGGUUCAGAUAUGCUGAUAUUUCUUCAAUUAUCCGAGGGAAGUUAUAGUUUCAAUGUAUUCCCUAGAAUUUCCAGAAAAAGAAAAGGAACUCGCUAUAAGUGGCGGAAACUCUGGCUUCUCCUCUGCUUCUGUGUGCUCCCCCAUCAGAAGGAGUCUGCUUGUCAGUUGCCUCCAACUCUCGUACAAACUUUUCACGUAUUGGCACAGGUUGCCUGUUUCCAUGUUUUGAAUUUUUUCUGCGGUUGGUGGGUUAUCUGGAUAAGUUUGAAGAAUAUCCAUCUACGUGCGCGAAACAAUUCACAGUGCCAUGUUCCUGUGAUUUUAGGCUUUUAGCUUUUCUAGGUUUCCUCUUUUGCCUUUCUCUUGGUUUCCAUUUUAGUGGUCUUUUGUUUCUUCAUCGUGGAAGAGGCGACGGGUUGUUUGUCUAACAAGUUCAUCGCCAUUCGAAAGUUGAUCAAAGAAGAGUUGAUAGAUGAUGGGUGGUCUUGAAGGGCCAUUGUCUUUGUGCCCAAGGAGUAAGCUAUGCUGGGAAUGGGCUAGAAUCUACAUGAGCAGUUGUCUCUGUGAUGUGAAGGAUAAAAUAUCGUUCGUAUUGGGGAUAUUAAGUAUCAUCAGUUGGAGCAUUUCUGAGGUUCCUCAGAUCAUUACCAAUUAUAAGGAGAAGUCCACUGAGGGCAUGUCAGUUGCUUUCCUAUUGACAUGGCUGGUUGGAGAUUUACUCAACCUUUUCGGUUGCUUGCUCGAACCAGCUACUCUAGCCACGCAAUUUUAUAUAGCACUGCUGUACACAGUAAUUGCGUCGCUCCUGGCCCUGCAAACUAUUUACUAUGGUCACAUUUAUCGUAGACUGAAAAUCCAUAAAUUUGGUUUUGGUAACAAGGGUCAAUUUAGAGGGGAAGAGCAUAUAGAAACACAAAAGCACUCAUGGAGGGCGGACUCUCAUGCUAAUGACUCAGUUGUGCGAGAUGACGAGUGCAGUCCCGUUAGCUCACCAAUUCCAGUUGCAACGUCAAUUGCUACUGGAUAUGGCUCAGUGAGUAGAGACAGAUAUUACAUUUCUGCAAGAUCGCUAGCAACCAGCCCCAAUCCUGUAGUGGGGUCGGACUCAUACCAUUGGGCCUGCCGGAAAAAAUCACAUGCUUCCAUUCUUCAUCAAUCUCCCAAAGGGGAUCCAUUUCUAAGCAGUGCCGCAACUGCUCGGUCUGCGCCUCCAUCGGACACUAAGAGUCUGUUGUGUGCGGUUUCCGUGACCAUAUUCUUUGUUGGUAGUUUUGGCCUCAAUGUAUCAGCUGCCCGCAGAUCCCACACUUCCUCAAGUAGUGAUGCUGCUGUCAUCAUACCAAUAGGGAGGAAACUUUUACAGGUCGCAGGUCUGUCAUCAAGCGGAAAUAAUAACACAACCAGUGCGCUUGGUACUUAUCUCGGUUGGUUAAUGGCCAUCAUUUACAUGGGCGGGAGACUUCCACAGAUCUAUCUAAAUAUUAGACGAGGAACUGUCGAGGGGUUAAAUCCUUUGAUGUUCUUUCUUGCUGUAGUUGGGAACGCAACAUAUGCAGCAAGCAUACUAGUCAGCAGCAUAGAGUGGUCGAAGAUCGAGCCAAAUUUGCCAUGGCUGUUUGAUGCCGUAGCAUGCAUGGUCCUGGACUCUGUCAUACUUGUGCAAUUUAUUUACUAUGCUAGGUGGGCAACGAAAGAUGGAGAUGACAGUAGUAAACAGCAUCUUCUUGAAGCUUAGCGCUCCUUGGAAAUGAUUGGCAGCUCCUAUUGAUAGAGUGCCAUCUGCUUGCAGAUAGUGGCAAUGGUCCAUGAAUCAUGAUCGGUGGCUACAUAUAAGGAAGAUCAGAUUCAGUUUUAAGAAUAGUAAUGUGUGAAGGUCAGGCUUGAUCUGCAAUACUGCAGACGGCAUUCAUGUAUGUGGCUAGCGCGCCAACUUUCAGAACCAUAAAUUGCUAUCCAUGCUGUCUUCUCUCC